ACCCUCAUUCCAUAGGACCGAUCUUUUCAAGCGAUUUCUUGAUUCUGCCUGCGUCUGCCCGCCAUGGCGAUUAUCUCCGACUACGAAGAGAAGGAAGAAAUCUCGAAGCCAAAAAGGCCUUUCUCCUCCUCCUCUCCAUCAUCUUCUUCAUCUGCUAAGCCUUCUCAGUUCAAUGCCGACUUUGACCCUUCAAACCCUCUAGGGCUUUUGGAGAAGGUGUUCGAUUUUCUUGCCAAUGAGAGUGAUUUUCUCUCCAGGGAUAGAGCCGAGAAGGAAAUUGAGAUGGUGGUGCGCAGAGCUGUGGAGAAGAGAAAGAAGCAUGAGGAGUCACUUGAGCACAAAGGGAAGGCUGAGAAGAGGAUCAAGGAGGAGGUGAGGAGUGUGAAGCAGGAGGUGAAGGCUGUGAAGGAGGAGACGAAGACUGUGGCAUCACCACCAGAAGAGAAAGUGGGUGUGAUGUUGGAGGGGAACAGCAAGGAGAAUGGCCCAAGAGUUCCCAACAAAGGUAAUGGCCUUGAUAUGGACAACUACUCUUGGACACAGACCCUGCAAGAAGUCAAUGUUAAUGUACCUGUACCCAAAGGAACUAAGUCCAAGUUUGUGGUGUGUGAGAUCAAGAAGAAUCAUCUCAAAGUUGGACUAAAGGGUCAACCGCCAGUGAUAGAUGGAGAGCUUUGUCAGAUUGUCAAGCCAGAUGACUGUUACUGGAGCAUAGAGGAUCAGAGCACCAUCUCCAUUCUUUUGACCAAGCACAACCAAAUGGAGUGGUGGAAGUACCUAGUGAAAGGUGAUCCUGAGAUUGAUACACAGAAGGUUGAACCUGAGAACAGCAAACUAGCAGAUUUGGAUCCAGAAACACGACAAACAGUUGAAAAGAUGAUGUUCGAUCAAAGGCAGAAGUCUCUGGGACUCCCAACCAGCGAUGAGAUGCAGAAGCAAGAGAUUCUGAAGAAGUUCAUGGCUGAGCAUCCGGAGAUGGACUUUUCAAGGGCAAAGUUAUCAUAAAUGGAAAUUUUCUUCCUGAUUCGACAACACAUAUAUAAGAGAACCCGCUAAAGAAAAAGCAAAAAAGAUUAUAGUUUCUGUUCAGUUUAGGUUGCUUUUUGGGAGAUCAAAUUCUUGAGUCGGUUUCUUAAUGUUUAGGGGAUAGAGGGUCUUUUCUAGAUUUUAAGAAUGGCAAUGUGGACAUAUUCUCAUUAACUAAUGAAUCGGGAUUUUGGUAUGAUGCACGUA